AUGACACAAAAGUCUUUUCAAAGUCUUCCUAUACCUAAUGAAGAAGAAUGUUCGGUACAACGAAAGUUUGUUGACGACUUGAUAGAAGAUUAUGAAUAUCCAUUUGAUAUUACCAAAAAGGACGUUGAUAAAUUAAUAGAGCCUUCCUGGAAAAGAGGACAACUCUCCAGACCAAAUAAUUCUUUUAUUAUUUUUAGAAAAUUUAUUAGAAGAGUUUUCAAGCAGGAAAAAAAUAAUAAGAUGAAAUUGUCUCGUUAUGCCUCAAAAAAAUGGGAAGAAUGGGGAGAAGGUACAUCUGUCCCUGCACUUUUUAAUGCUAUAUUUGACCUUGCGACUAUGCAUCACAAAUUUUUGCACCCGGAUUACAAAUACCAACCUGGAAGAAAAAACAAAGGAAAGUCACACCCUAGUCCUGAAAUGGAUAAUUUGCUAACAUCGACUCAACAAAGGAAGAAUUCACUUUCUGAUUUUUCCUCCCUCGAAAUGGAUACUCAAGUGGAAGCCACCAAUGAUUAUCAAGCAGAAAACACUACUCAGGUUCCGUGUUUUUCAAGCCAAAAUGAUCAAUUUUUGUUACCGAGUUCGUUCAUUUCAGAAGCAAUGGACUCUAUGCAACAAACGGUAUCCUCCGCCAACGAUUAUAAUCAACAAUCUUGUACACCACAAGAUUAUUUACCCCCAGAGGCCAACGACUAUAAUCAGCAACAGCCAGUGAUAAUUUGUAUACCGCAAUAUUAUUUACUUUCAGAGGUAUCCGUGGUCGACGAAUAUAAUCAGCAGCAAUCGGUAACAAUUUGUACACCAUAUUUAUCACCAGAGGUAUUCUCGUCCAACGACUAUCAUCAGCAACAAUCGGUUAUUUCUUUUGACCAAACUUGUGCACAAAAUCAUUAUUUAUAUACAAACCAAAUGAAUGGUUUGCAAGAAAUCGAGGGAUUUAAACAACAAUGUAUUCUUUCGACAUUUAAUCCUCAAAAAGAUCCACAAUGA